AUGGACCUGGCUUCGAGAAUGGUAUCAGUGGUAGCCAGGGUAACAGAAGCCACGGAAAGGACCAAACCUCCCAAAGUUGGCAUGGUGGUCGACGUCGCUGACGCCAAAUUUAUCGGUGGCCUCAUACCAUCAUUAGUGGAGAAGCUACCAUAUCCGUACUCACGACCAGAAUUCCUCUAUUUUUCUGAAGAUGAAAUCUCGCUAUCGGCAGAUCAAUGCGUUCGGCCAGUAUUAUGUCCGAAAUAUCCAGCGAGAAUGCCACUUUAUGCAGGCUACGCUGAAGUGGUCAAUGCAGGCAAAACCACUCAGAAUGAAGAUCAGGCUUCCGCCAGAAUGAUGACUUUGGUACAGCAAGGUUAUGAAGCUGAAGAGGCAAAGGAAUUGGAUCACUCCCAAAAUCACAGUUCGUCCGGCAGAUCCUCGAAGGACGACGACGAGUUGGUAUCUCCGACUGGUGGCAGCAACUCCGGUUCAGUGGCUCCUACCAGAGCUGAAGCUGCAUUCUUUGCGAUAUUCGACGGACAUGCAGGUGCUGGUGCCGCACUCGUGGCCAGCAAAUGCCUGCACGAACACAUUAAGACUCGAUUAGGGGAUGUACUGGAGUCAGUCAUACAAUUGGAUAGGAAUGAGACGCUGAUGUCAGGACGGAGACGUUCAGAUUCUUCUUAUAGUAUAACUAAGAUUGACUCUGUUGCAAUACGAUGUGAUGAGCUAGUCAUUGGAGCGUUAGAAGCAGCUUUCGUAGACAUGGAUUCCCAAAUAGCUGAAGAUAAGCAAACAUGGCGAAUUUCUGGUGGUUGUGCUGCAAUAGCCGUUUUGGUGUUCCUCGGAAAAAUUUUUGUAGCAAACGCGGGUGAUUGCCGGGCAGUGCUGGUGACAGAAGAAGGCUCACGACCAAUGAGUUCGGAUUUUACACCUGCCACAGAACGGAAGCGGCUACAGACUCUAGCAUACCAGAGCCCUGAACUAAUCGGUAACUGCUUUUCUCGACUAGAAUACUCACGAACGUUGACCAAAAAGGAUCUCAAAACAAAAGUUCUCUUUAGAGACUGGUUCAUGGACGGUUGGGCAUCGAAAACAGUGAAAGAGAGCGAUUUGAAGCCACCGCUGAUUAGUGAAUCCACGAGGAAGAAACGACUUCUGAACACCAUUGGCGUGUCGCGUGGGUUUGGAGAUCAUCAUCUGUAUACAGUUGACGAUCACCUACCAAUCAAACCAUUUCUGUCUUCCGUACCUGAGGUGCGAGUUUUUGAUUUACGCAACCUGGACACAUUGACGGACAAGGACGUCUUGCUGGUCGCUUCAGAUGGCUUAUGGGACGUGCUUAGCAACGAAGAUGCUGGCUUGAUUGUUCGCUCAUCUCUCUCCGCUACUGAGCAAAGCGAACAGUCCAGGUACAGCAUGGCGGCACAAGAACUGGCUAGCGCAGCAAGAGGUUACCCAAGUGGUAGCAACGGACACCGGUGGAUGAUGAACAGCGGUGGAAGCGCAUCUACCGAUGAUAUCACUGUAUUCGUGAUUCCUCUGAAAUACUGCGUAGCCCCUCCUCCAGAAGACGACGAUGACGACGAAAUGAUAAGUCUUUGUGCAGACGAAUAG